AUGAACAAGUUCAAUUUUUGUCUGACCACUUUCUCCUCUCCUCGCCUUGGCUGUUAUGUUGAAAAUCUCUGUCGCGAAUUCUCUUUGGUGCAGGUUGACGGCUCCAUCUCCAGCUUUGUGUGCACCGUUCUUGACGGCCACAGCGGUACGGCCUGCAGCCAUGCCCUCGCCUGGGUUGCCCUUGAC